GUAGUAGUAGACCUUUUAGAAGUUCUUACUUCUUACGCAUUCACCUUUUGGUUGAUUUGGGAUUUUCUCAUUUUUGUUGGCUUCUUCUUCUGCAACAAAGCGCUUUGGUCGAUUUAUCUUUAUCCCCCCCGGCUCAAAGCUCCCAACUUCUUCAGAAUCCGGCGAAGAUAUAAUUUUUAUCAACAAGUUCUUCGAGCAGCAGAGAGCUAUGUCUCUUUUAAAGUCUCUUUAGCGACAAUUGCCUUUCGUGGGGUUUCUCUUUUUUUUUAUCGGCGACCCGUCGCUACAGGCAAAAAAAGUAAAGUUCGGGCGUUUGUACCAAGUGUAGGAUACAGUUGCUGUUAGUCAGCAAAAGAGAAGCUUAAGGUGGGGGUUAAAACUGUGAUGCUGAAUGUUUGGACCAACAGGUGGGUUGGGGAUGAAUCCCUCAAUGGAUGAUAUGAACUUAAUCCAGCAGGCACAAAGGCAUCAGCUUGUUGUAAGUAAUCUUGGCGAAGAAAUUGAUUUGGAAAUUGGACCUGGAGAUGAUGACGCUGCUUUUGCUAACAAUUCAUUGAUUGGCGGGCCUCCACGGGACCCCUCUACUGGGGAGCAUGAUGAAACGAAGCAUAUGGUUUUGGUAUCUGACCUGCCCGGUGAGGAUCAGGAUAUGUCAAAGGGUCAACCGGUGAAGAGAAAGAAAAAAGUUGUCAAACGGUGGAGAGAGGAAUGGGCUGACACGUACAAGUGGGCUUAUGUCGAUAUGAAGGAUGGAACAGCUAGGAUAUUUUGUUCUAUUUGCAGAGAGUAUGGUAGAAAACAUCGAAGAAAUCCUUACGGUAAUGAAGGAAGUAGAAACAUGCAGAUGAGUGCAUUAGAAGAACACAACAAUAGUUUACUACACAAAGAAGCUCUGCGUCUCCAAACGGCUUCCAAAGAAAAGAUUGUUGUUGACAAGCCCAUUUAUGUGAAGACUCUUAUGUCAAAAAGUGCUGGUUCAAUUGUUGAGGGUGCCCUGAAACGAGAUCCUAAUGAGAUUGAAUUUGUUCAAUCUGUACAAGAAUCUGUGCAUGCUCUAGAGCGGGUAAUUGCAAAAAAUUCUCAUUAUGUCAAUAUUAUGGAGCGGCUACUAGAACCUGAACGUAUGAUAGUUUUUCGAGUUCCAUGGAUUGAUGAUCGUGGUGAAACACAUGUAAACCGUGGCUUUAGAGUUCAGUUCAAUCAAGCACUGGGUCCAUGUAGGGGAGGUAUCCGAUUUCAUCCAUCCAUGAACUUAAGCAUUGCCAAAUUUCUUGGCUUUCAGCAGACGUUGAAAAAUGCUCUGUCACCAUAUAAACUGGGAGGGGCAUCUGGUGGAAGCGACUUUGAUCCUAAAGGCAAAAGUGACAAUGAGAUUAUGAGAUUUUGCCAAAGUUUCAUGAAUGAGAUGUACAGAUACAUGGGUCCUGACAAAGAUCUUCCAUCAGAGGAGGUCGGUGUUGGUACUCGGGAAAUGGGAUAUCUUUUCGGACAAUACAGACGACUUGCUGGUCAGUUUCAGGGAAGUUUUACAGGACCGAGGAUAUAUUGGGCUGCUUCUAGCCUCAGAACUGAAGCUAGUGGCUAUGGUGUGGUGUACUUUGCACGACUUAUGCUUGCAGAUAUGAAUAAGGAAAUCAAGGGACUAAGAUGUGUCGUGAGCGGUUGCGGGAAGAUUGCGAUGCAUGUUGUAGAGAAGCUAAUUGCUUGUGGAGCCCAUCCGGUUACAGUUUCAGAUUCAAAAGGAUAUUUGGUGGACGAUGACGGAUUUGAUUAUAUGAAACUUGCAUUCUUGAGAGAUAUAAAAUCCCAACAGAGAAGUUUGAGAGAUUAUUCCAAGACGUAUGCAAGGGCGAAAUACUUUGAUGAACUAAAGCCUUGGAAUGAAAGGUGUGAUGUAGCAUUUCCUUGUGCUUCUCAGAAUGAAGUUGAUCAAGCAGAUGCCAUUAAUCUGGUCAAUGCAGGCUGCCGCUUACUGGUAGAAGGCUCAAACAUGCCAUGUACAGCUGAAGCAGUCGAUGUUUUCAGAAAGGCGAGUGUUCUGAUUGCUCCUGCCAUUGCUGCUGGAGCUGGUGGAGUUGCUGCUGGUGAAAUUGAAGUACUCCGUGAAUCUAAUUCAAUGCAAUGGUCAGCAGAAGAUUUUGAGUCUAGAUUACAGGAAGCACUAAAGCAGACUUAUGAAAAAGCUCUUAAAGCAGCAAAUGAUUUUGGCUAUCAGAAAGAAAGCCCUGAGGCACUUCUACAUGGAGCAACAAUUGCAGCAUUUUUAAAUAUAGCUCAAGCCAUGACUGACCAAGGUUGUGUCUAGCUAAAUAGGCCCUGCAUAGUACCGGCAGGAGUUCUGUCUUAAAAACCUAAUGGAGGAGUAACAUUGGACUCUGUGUAACAUAUUAGGUCCAAUCUAUAUCAUAAUUUAGAUAUAUAUACUCUGAUAGGAAUGCUAUUUUUAUUUAAACAGCCAUAGUACGUUCACUAUGAUUAUUUGACUUGCAAAAAUGGAAGAUAAUAGCUUUAACAAGGGUUUC